AUGGCAUCCAGAGAUUUCUGCUCACCUGGCGAAGGGAUGGAAAUACUUCAACAUGCGUGCAGCAAGCAGCUUCCUCCUUGUAACCUGAGGGAAGAGGACCUGUUGCAGAGACUAUACCUCAGCAAGCUGUUGCUGAGUCUCUCACAGCAUGCAGAUGGGAGUGGCUUAAGCCUCACCCUGGCAAAGGAGCAGGCUCAGGCAUGGAAGGAAGUUCGACUGCAUAAAACAACAUGGUUGAGAUCUGAGAUUUUACAGAGAGUCAUUCAAAAGCUGCUUGUGGACUACUAUGUAAAGACGCAGAACACAAAUUUAACUUCUGACAACAAAACGUUUCAUGAGACCCUUGAACAGUGGUUACUUGUGACUGAACUGACAUGGCUCGUAAGUCCUAGCCAGGAGAGGGAGAUGCCUCCACUGCUAGGGUUGGAGAAAGUGGACCUUCUGGAGCUCAUGCCACCCUCAGAGGAUUGUGCGUGGAUGAGAGCUUGGCUCAAGCUAGAAAUGGAGGAGGAGCUCAAGAAGAAAUGUUUCACUCUGCUCUGCUACCAUGAUCCCAAUUCGGAUGCUGACAGUGAAACACUGAAGGCAGCAAAGGUAUGGAAACUGGCAGAGGUCCUGGUGGAUGAGAAGCAGCAGGGCCAGGAUGCCAAGAGCCAGCAGAAGGAGCAGAUGGUGCUGCUGGAGAAGAAGAGUGCCACCUACUCCCAGGUGCUUCUCUGCUGCCUCGCCUUGUUGCAGAGGCUUCUUCAGGGACACCGGCUGAAGACUCAGUCUGAGCUAGACUGCAUCGAUGCUCAGUACUUGGAAAUCAAGUGCAGUGCCAUGAUCCUUAAGCUGAGGAUGGAGGAGAUAAAGAUUUUGUCUGACACUUAUACUGCUGAGAAAGUGGAAGUUCAUUGUCUCAUUAGGGAUCGUUUGGAGGGAGCAAUUCGUCUACAAGAGCAGGACAUGGAGAAGUCACGACAGGUCCUCAACACCUAUGAGGUCCUCAGGGAGGAGUUGGACAGGCUGGUUAAAGAGCACACUCAACUCAAGCAGGUGACUGAGAACAAGUGCUGA